AUGGCCAGCCUGACCGAUUCGCCCACUUCAUCGGUGAACACCUCUGAACUGGGCAAGAUGUCCUCCGUUUCGUCUGACUUUGACCGACUGAGCAUCGCCGACUCGACUAAAACGUCCACCUCCAACUUGGACAGUGUUUCACAUCGAGCCGUCGCCGGGUCGAUUGAAUCACUGGGCGCCAUGUCCUCUGAUUCAGGCUCUAUCGUCUCAAGUCCUUCUGACGUUCCUGUAGCUGAUGGAGCUAGUCCCACGUCAACAGAGCAGCCGCCACCGCAGCCGUAUUCCUACGUGGAAGUGGACUAUCACUGGUUCUACCAGAAAGAUCCCGCUCAACCGGACAUUUGGCAGCCAUUCAGCAACUACGACAGCUACAAUCUCGAGUACGCCUUUCGAUGCGGCUGGUACGACACCCCAAUUUCCACCAACGGGACACGAUACGAUGUGCUGCUGAGGGACCGAACACGAAAGCCAGUGUACUGGACUGGAGCAAGUCAAAAGGUGCAGCGAUGCUCCUGGUUCUUCAAACGUGACUCGGACUACCGCUUUGUUCCGUACGCGGAAGAGGUGGCAGACCUUCUCGAGUCGACCUAUCGCGAAUGCUUCACCAACAACGUCUGGAACCGGCGCGUCGACCUCGCCUCCCACGAGUUUGUCAUCUUCUACGCCGCCGACUCGGUGUACCACUACAUCUCCGAGACGACCAACCAAGACGGCUGGGGCGCCAUGAUGGAGACGCAUAUGACGCCGCGGUACGCCUACCGAGGCGUCUGGCUGACCAACGCGCAGAAGGAGCGCGACGAGGCUGCCCCGGUGGAGCACGUCGUCUUCAUGGUGCACGGCAUCGGCGACUUCUGCGACAUCUCCUUUCGCAAGCUGGUCGACGUGGUGGACGACUUUCGGGAGAUCAGCGCCGACCUGAUGGGCUCCCACUACGGCCACGAGCAGGAGAUGGGCCGGGUGGAGGUGCUGCCCAUCUCCUGGCACUCUGCCCUGCACACCGACCAGCUGGACGCCCACCUGAAGAUGAUCACCCUGCCGUCCAUCCCGCGCAUUCGCGCCUUCACCAACGACACCAUCAUGGACGCCCUCUUCUACACCGCGCCGCAGCACUCGCAGACGAUUCGCCACGCGGUGGCCAGCGAGCUCAAUCGCAUCUACACGCUCUUCCUCAGCCGCAACCCCCACUUUACCGGUACCAUUGCCCUGGGCGGGCACAGCCUCGGCUCGCUCAUUCUCUUUGACCUGCUGUCGCACCAGGCGAGUCACCAGGAGGACCCCCAUCUGGCCAGCCACCCAGUAGAGCAGCUGUACUUUCGGCCGGCGGCCUUCUUCGCCUUUGGUAGUCCCAUUCCGGUGUUUCUCUCCGUCCGGGGCAUUCACCAGCUGGAUGGCAACUUUCAGCUGCCCACCUGUCCCAGCUUCUACAACAUCUUUCACCCCUAUGAUCCAAUUGCCUAUCGCAUAGAGCCGUUGAUUGACCCGGACAGCGCAAAGCUGAAGCCGGUGCUCGUUCCGCAUCACAAGGGCCGCAAGCGCUUUCACCUGGAGAUUAAGGACAGCAUCACUCGCAUGGGCACUGAGCUGAAGGAGAAGGUGCUCACCUCGAUCAAGGGUACACUGGACUCGGUGUAUGGCUUUCUGAAGGCGCACCAACGGACAGCAUCAGAAGGCGAUGGCUCAGCAGAGGGACAGCAGCUGCUUACUGAAAGCUCUGAAGAGCAGCAGCAGCAAUCGUCGACUACCACCCAGGAGCAGUCCACCUUCUCCACUUCACCCUCGUGCAAUGACAUUCUCUCGGUGACGAACAACAACAAUGACCUGAGCGAGGAGGAGCAGGCACUGGUGGCGACCAUUUACUUUGGCCGCCUCAACUCGGGCCGCCGCAUUGAUUAUGUCCUUCAAGAACGUCCCAUAGAAAUCGUCAAUGAGUACCUCUUUGCCAUUGCCGCCCACGGCUGCUACUGGCUCUCAGAGGACACUGCCCUGCUGGUGCUGCGGGAACUGUACGGAAAGAAGGGCUGUGUGCCCUGCUUUCAAGAGCCGCAGCCGCAGACUGCAUCUCAAUCGAGUGCGACGGACGGUGGUGGAAGUAAUCAGACGGCCAGAAUGACACCACCCGGUCCCCCACCGCCCAAGCAGAAGUACUCUGAGCUGAUUCAGCAGACCACACUUGCCUCCACUUCGCCCACUCAUUCGAACGCGAACAGUUCUCCGACGUACGCCCACUCACCCUCAGCUCCACUUUCACCGCCCAGCUUUACCACGCCUGAUUCUGCUUCUUCUCCGCCCAGCAGUCAUCAUCAGCAGCAGCAACUCUAA